GACAUUCCAUACGGCUUGGUUCUGCCUGGGUGCACAGCAUGCCUGGCUGAGGACUCCAGACAGAGUUCUGCAGGAAAAUUGUAAAGAUCCCGAGACAUUUCCCUGAUAGAUUGCUAACAUACUGACUAGAAGAUACAAUCUUCUUUCCUGCUGAUUGCAUGGGAGAAAAUUUUGACCUUAGAACGUGGAGAUGAGGUUGCUAUGGAAACUGGUAAUUCUGCUGCCACUCAUAAACUCUUGUGCAGGUGAGGGUCGUUUCAGCCGUCCUAUUUUUAUCCAGGAGCCACAAGAUGUCAUUUUUCCUUUGGAUUUAUCUAGAUCUGAAAUUAUUCUGACAUGUACUGCAAAUGGAUACCCUUCCCCGCAUUACAGGUGGAAACAAAAUGGCACAGAUAUUGACUUCAGCAUGACUUAUCACUAUAGGUUGAAUGGAGGCAGUUUGGCCAUUAGCAGCCCCCGCACGGAUCAAGAUAUUGGCACCUACCAGUGUCUGGCCACCAAUCCUGUGGGCACCAUUCUGAGUAGAAAAGCCAAACUACAGUUUGCAUAUAUCGAAGACUUUGAAACCAAAACCAGAAGCACAGUGUCCGUCCGAGAAGGUCAAGGUGUGGUGCUCCUCUGUGGCCCACCACCACAUUUUGGAGAUUUAUCAUAUGCCUGGACAUUCAAUGAUAAUCCCCUGUAUGUUCAAGAGGACACGAGGCGAUUUGUAUCUCAAGACACAGGGAACUUGUACAUUGCCAAAGUAGAGCCAUCCGAUGUGGGCAAUUACACUUGCUUCAUCACAAACAAUGAGGCUCACAGAAGUGUCCAAGGACCACCCACCCCUUUAGUGCAGCGCACUGAUGGUGUCAUGGGGGAAUAUGAGCCAAAGAUUGAAGUGCGUUUUCCAGAAACAAUACAAGCUGCAAAGGAUUCAUCUGUAAAACUGGAAUGCUUUGCCCUUGGAAAUCCAGUCCCUGACAUUAGCUGGAGAAGGUUGGAUGGAAGCCCGAUGCCAGGGAAAGUCAAAUACAGCAAAUCACAAGCUAUCCUUGAAAUCCCAAAUUUCCAACAAGAAGAUGAAGGCUUCUAUGAGUGCAUCGCAGGUAAUCUUCGAGGAAGAAACCUUGCAAAGGGUCAACUCAUUUUCUAUGCCCCUCCUGAAUGGGAAAGGAAAAUCCAAAAUACAUACCUUUCUAUUUAUGACAGCUUGUUUUGGGAAUGCAAAGCUAGCGGAAAGCCAAAUCCUUGGUACACUUGGCUAAAGAAUGGUGAACGCCUCAACCCAGACGAGAGAAUUCAGAUUGAAAAUGGGACUUUUAUCAUCACCAUGCUGAAUGUGUCAGACUCUGGGAUGUACCAGUGUGCUGCAGAAAACAAAUAUCAGACAAUUUAUGCAAAUGCAGAAUUGAGAGUUUUAGCCUCAGCUCCAGAUUUCUCAAAAAAGCCCAUUAAAAAAAUUUCAGUUGUUCAAGUUGGUGGUGACAUUUCUAUCGAAUGCAAACCAAAUGCCUUCCCCAAAGCAUCUAUUUCCUGGAAAAGAGGGGCAGAGACCCUGAGGCAAAGUAAAAGGGUAUUCUUCUUGGAGGAUGGCAGCCUUAAGAUAUGCAAUGUGACCAGGUCUGACGCUGGGUCUUAUACAUGCGUAGCCACAAAUCAGUUUGGCAAUGGGAAAAGCAGUGGCAGUCUCAUCGUGAAAGAGAGAACUGUCAUUACAAUCCCGCCUUCUAAAAUGGACGUGACAGUCGGUGAGAGCAUUGUUUUACCCUGCCAAGUGUCUCACGACCCCACCAUGGAAGUUGUAUUUGUUUGGUACUUUAAUGGAGAUGUCAUAGAUUUAAAGAAAGGAGUGGCUCAUUUUGAAAGAAUUGGGGGAGAAUCUGUUGGGGAUUUAAUGAUAAGGAAUAUUCAAUUAGGCCAUUCGGGAAAAUAUCUAUGCACAGUACAAACAACACUAGAAAGCUUGUCUGCUGUAGCUGAUAUCAUUGUGAGAGGUCCCCCUGGUCCCCCAGAAGAUGUAAAAGUGGAGCACAUCUCAAGUACCACCUCCCAGCUCAGCUGGAGACCGGGCCCUGAUAAUAACAGCCCCAUUCAAAUUUUUACUAUUCAAACUCGGACACCCUUUUCUGUGGGUUGGCAAGCUGUUGCUACAGUCCCUGAAAUUCUCAAUGGACAGACAUAUAAUGCAACGGUAGUUGGCUUGAGUCCCUGGGUGGAAUAUGAAUUUCGUGUUGUUGCUGGGAACAACAUUGGGAUUGGAGAGCCAAGCAAACCAUCCGAAUUGCUGAGAACCAAAGCAUCAGCUCCAAGCCAACCACCUGCAAACAUUGCCUGGAAGCUGUCAAAUUCUAAAUUAUGCUUGAACUGGGAGCAUGUAAAAACUAUGGAAAAUGAGUCUGAAGUGCUGGGCUACAAAAUCCUCUAUAGGCAAAACCGACAGAGUAAAACACAUGUUUUGGAAACAAACAACACAUCAGCUGAGCUUCUGGUUCCAUUUGAAGAAGACUAUUUGAUCGAAAUAAGAACGGUCAGUGAUGGUGGAGAUGGAAGCAGCAGUGAGCAAAUAAGAAUUCCAAAAAUGUCCAGUUUGAGUUCCACAGGAGUUCAGAUUUUAAAGCCCAGUUCCCAGUUCCUGUCAAUGGUUGGAAUUUUUUACUGUUUUGCUAUUCAACCACUUUCACGAUGAAUCAAUCCAUGGAUCUUUGAGAAUUUUCUGAAAACAAAUCAUUCUGUAAAUACAUUCCCCAGCCUCCAUCACAAGACAUAUUCUUAAUACAGACUUGUUUGAAAAGAAAAAAAAAAUGUAUAUUACUAAGAUCUUGUAAAUAUCUGUGGUACAUUAAUAAAACAGUU